GAUUUAAGAUAAUUAUCUAUUUUAGAUGGCUCAUGAUUUACAUGUGUCGUGAUUAUAUUAUAUUCGUGAUAGUAACUUAUUCUAGCUUUAGUUUAUUUCUGUGAACUUCUUAUCUAUAUUAUUUUAUCUUCUGAAAGUGUUAAAUGCAGUAAUAAACUUUAUUAUGAAGGAAUAAUGUCAAAAAUAAUAUUAAUUAAGUUUUAUUAAAUGGUUUCAUAUUAAAUAUUAAAUGUUGUUAUGUAAAAUUUGAUAUUAUUCGAAGAAUAUUAGAACAUUAUUUUCAAAAAAAUAUUGUACAAGUAAUGAAUGUCACAGAUAUUGAUGAUAAAAUAAUAAGCAAAGCACAAGUUUUAGGACAAGAUCCCAUCCAGAUAUCAAGAAAGUAUGAAAAAGAAUUUCUGGAAGAUAUGCUUUUAUUAAAUAUUAAGCAUCCAAAUAUUGUCGCUAGAGUAACUGAUUUUAUUCCAGAGAUUAAAUGUUUUAUUAAAAAUCUUAUGGAUAAAAAUUUGUCUUAUUGUGCAUCUGAUGGUACAAUAUUUUUUGAUACUAUUAAAUAUAAAAAGUAUGGAAAAUUUUUAAAAACUCCUGAUAAAGUGCCACAUAUCUUGAAAAAGGUGAAUUCAGAUUUUGCAUUAUGGAAAGCUGCAAAAUUAGGAGAACCUUCUUGGGAUUCUUAUUGGGGCCGAGGAAGACCAGGAUGGCAUAUAGAGUGUUCUGUAAUUGCUAGUUAUUAUUUUGGAUCGAAUGUAGAUAUACAUUCAGGUGGAAUUGAUUUGUUAUUCCCCCAUCAUGAAAACGAAGAAGCUCAAUGCUGUGCUUUUCAUAAUGUAGAUAAUUGGGUAAAUCAUUGGAUUUAUACAGGACAUUUACACUUAGGAAAUAAUAUAAAAAUGUCAAAAUCACUCAAAAAUACAAUUGGAAUUAAAGAAUUGUUAAAAUCUUACACAGCUAAUGAAUUUAGAGUACUAUGUCUGCUAUCUAAUUAUAAAAAUGAUGUUGAGUUCAGUGAAAAAUCUAUGGAAGUUGCUACUAAUGUUCUAAAAAAAUUGAAGUCUUUCAUUUUUAAUUGUUCUAAUCAUAUUAAAACCAAACAAGUGGUUCAAAUCGAAGACACAAAUUUACUAUAUAUGAUAACAGAUACUGAAAAUAAAAUAAUUAUUUAUUUGGCUGAUAAUUUUGAUACUUCAAAAGUUUUACAAUCACUUAUUAAUUUAGUUAGUAAAUUCAACAAAUUAUUAAAUAAGGAUUUUACUUUUAAUUGCUCAAUUUCUGAGAUAGUUUUAGCUUCAAACUUAGUAUCCAAUACAUUACAUAACUUUGGAAUUAAUUUAUCUGAAUUGAAGAAUCAAACUAGUUUAAACUCAGAUUUAAUUAUCGAUUGUGUUGUUAAUUUUCGGGGUAAACUUAGGCAAUUAGCAUUAAAAUCAAAUUCCAAAAUAAGUAAUCAAGAGAUUUUACAGUUGUGUGAUGAAUUGAGAAAUGAACUUUCCUUCAAUAACAUAACAAUUCAAGAUUCUAGUAAUUUAUCAGUAUGGAAAUAUACCGGAACAUCUCCAGAAAAGUAACUAUUAGUUGAAAUAAAAAACUUACAAUAAAGAAACUUCAGUUCAAGAAUAUGUAUUUUAGCUAUAUUAAUAUACUAAUUUUUAUUUUUCAAUAAAAAGUUUAUAUUCAAGUGUAAA